AUGGGUUUGAUUCUUUCUAUCGUCGCACCACUUACACAAGAAAUUAAAGAACGCCGACAAAGGAAGAAAGAAAAGAAAGCUGCCAAGGAUCGCGAAGCCCAAGGCAUAAGUCAUCGUGCACCAGGAGCCACGGACGGAGUCCAGGAAUCUAGCCCACUCCCGCAACAAGAGCAGCCAUCAUUGCACCACCAAAGUACCUUGGAACGAGGCUUAGAAGCCGAAGCCAACUCAUCACGCCCUCCUCCUAUUUCUCGAGCUGCCGUGCCAGCAGAGGAUUUGCCAGCGCAAGAAAGACGCGAAUUGGAGGGCGAACAAACAAGCAAGGCAGUUGGGGAAUUGGACGGCGCGAGAACUGGUGGACAACCGGCUUUGCAAAGGGAGGUUGGCCUUGCUGCUCCCGUUCCUCUGGCUGCUAGCACAGCUGCGAAUCUUGCGAUAAACGAAGAGGCAAAAGGACAUAAAAUGGCUUCAGACGAGGAUUACGCGUCGUUUCUUGACAAAGCGAAUCAAGAUCCCAAUGAAGGUGUUGCGCAGGGAAAGAGUGGAAAGAUUGAGCUGAAAGCUGUGGAUUCUGGUGUUGAGGUUCCAAAGGUUCUGCAGGAUGCGACGAAGGACGCGUGGUAUGUAAGUGAUGCUGACGAGAAAUUCACACCGGUUGUUCUGAAGUUCAAAGGAAGCUCGCUGCCGGAUGAAGCGACGUUUGCCAAAACUGCAGGCCAUCCCUCACCAAACGACUCUGAAGUUUCGAUUAUGGACAUUGGAGAGUGGGAUACCCAAGGUGAAUACAAAGACGUGGUUGAGGCUGUCAGGGAAGCGGGUAAGGGGAGUGAUGUUAGGGUUUACAGAAUUGGGAGAGAUAGCACCAGAUUUGAGUAUUGGGUCGUGACACUUGCAGAUGGCAAUCUUGUCGGCGUGAAGGCACUUGCUGUUGAGAGCUGA